UCAUUCUCUUCAUGGCCAUGUGUUACUUAGAAAGAAAGAGUAGGCUUUCCACGGCUUCUCUUAUGGCCCUACUUCUUGGGUUGCUAAUGGUUACUGCACUCUUCAGAGGUGCACAAUCGAUUGGUGUGUGCUACGGAAUGCUAGGUAACAAUUUACCACCAUCGAAUGAAGUUGUGGAUCUCUUUAAAGCCAACAAUAUACAGAUGGUGAGACUUUACGAUCCAAAUCGAGAUGCUCUUCAGGCUCUCAAAGGCUCCAACAUUGAAGUAAUGCUUGGCGUCCCAAACAGUGACCUCCAGAGGUUUGCCGGAGGCGACCUCACUCCGGCAUUUAACUUCGUCUAUGGCAACGUUGUAGACAACAGAGAUACCAUCAAAUUCAAGUAUAUCGUGGUUGGGAAUGAAGUUAGUCUCGAAGAUUUCAAAUAUGUCCUUCCAGCAAUGAGAAACGUUCAGAGAGCAGUUGAACAAGCUGGGUUACAAAACCUAGUGAAGGUGACAACUGCAACUUACUCUGGAGUCCUGGAUAAUACCUUCCCUCCUUCCAAUUCCGUCUUCAGAGCUGAGUAUCUGCAAUACAUGCAGCCCAUCAUUGGCUUUCUAGCUGAAAAAGGGUCACCACUAUGUGCUAAUAUCUAUCCUUACUUCAGUUACAGUGGGAACCCAGCUUCUAUUAGGCUUGAUUAUGCCUUGUUUACUGCUCAAUCUGAUGUGGCAGAAGAUGGUCAGCUCAGAUACAGGAACCUUUUUGAUGCCCUCUUGGAUUCUAUGUAUGCUGCUGUUGAGAAGGCAGGCGGGGGCUCUGUGAAGAUUGUUGUAUCGGAGAGUGGUUGGCCAAAUGCUGGUGAGUCUGCAGCAACAACACCAAAUGCACAGACUUAUUUGAACGGGCUGAUCCAGCAUGUGAAAGGAGGUACUCCCAGAAGGCCCAAUGGCCCUAUUGAGACUUACAUAUUUGCAAUGUUCGAUGAGAAUACCAAGCCUGGAGCAGAGACAGAGAGACAUUUUGGGCUGUUCUCCCCCAAUAAACAACCCAAGUACCAGAUCAAUUUCAAUUAAGAGCGGUUGGAGUUUGAAUGUGGCCACUGGCCAGAGUUAAACUUCUGUUUUAAUGUAUUUUUCGUAUUAAAUAAACGGUUAUGGUUAGACACGUAGGAAUCACAAGAGUAAGGAAAAACGACUCUAGUGAUAUAAUCUGACGUCUAGUCUGUGGCUUCUCUGUUUUUGAAGA